AUGCUCCAGAUGCCCCAUGACGGAGACUCAAACCUGUGUGGCUUCUCAAAUUGCUGUUUUAGUGCAUCUGGUGAGCUGUUUCUGACUGCCACCCCAUGCGGCCUCCGCGCAAUCUCCCUAAUCGGAUCAUCUGCGACUUCCGCGGACCUGGCCAAUCUACCCGUACCAAAGUCUAACGCAAGAAUGGCAUACCCAGUUGAGCCACCCUCACUCCCGACACGACUUUCCAUGCCAACAGGAAGGCUGACAAACGAGACGUCGGGUACUUUACCCAUUGACGGUGAGUCUUCUGCAACGGAGGGGUCAUUUACCGUAAGACAUGGCAGCACCUUUUUGUCUUCCUCGACGUUUUUGUGGAGCUCUCCCGUGCGCGUUGUGGCAGUGGCUGGGGAUAGCCCUGUCGUUGCAGUUUUGUUCGAGCAUACCGCGGCAACUUCGCGGGAGGGAAGCAACCGGCCACAGCACGGCUCUCCUCCUCUUUACACGGAGCCGAAUAUCCGACGCCCUGGGGGUUUGUCAACAUUUUCAGGCUUCCAAGGUUGCCCUCAUGUGCAUUUGUUUGAUGCAUCUUCCGGAUUGUGUUUGGCGGAACUUUACUUCCGUGGCGUCCUUGUGUAUUCGCUCCUAGCGAAUAGUCACUUUCUUCUUGUUGGUAUGCGUGAUUGCUUUCAUGUAAUUAAUAUACGGACGCUUGCCCAUGUGCGGAAACAAUCUGUGCCCAAUUUGAUAGGCAACGAACUUUUGACACUUUCCCAAACUCCGUUAAUGGAGGUCUAUAUGCAUCCCCCGCACGAUGCAGAGCUAAAAGGCAAGAAAGGUAUUGUAGACAGUCACCGGAAGCUGCAGGCAGCUCGUGAGGCCUGGCGUAUCGCCUAUCCGUCUCAGUCACAGAGUGCCUCAUCUGAGGGCACCGGGGGAAGCGUGAGGGUAUUGACCAUUAGUCUUCCCUCUUCCUAUGGUCUGCUGCAUUCUGCACCUGCCCCUGCUAUUCCUAUAUCAAAUCCUGCACUCGCGUCAUCCCUAGCACAACAAAAUCGAAGCCAAUUUCCACAACACGAGCCACCACCACCGCCAUCUUUGGCAACACCUGGAGUCAGGGCUGAUACAGUUUAUCAAUCGCAGCUUGUCAUUUCACCCCAUCGCCAUACCCUUGCUGCCCUUCAGCUUUCCAUGGACGGUGCUCUUCUUGCCUCAGCGUCUGUUCUCGGUAGCACUGUCAAGCUCAUGGAUGCCAUCUGUGGCGUUGUCCUGCAUGUUUUUCAGCGUGGGCACCUGCGCGCCACUGUCCUCGCGUUAGCAUUCAAUCCAAACGCUAGUUCCCUAGCCGCUCUUAGCAGUGGUGGCACUUUACAUAUCUUUCAUUAUGGUACGGCUGUCAUCUAUGACGACACGGGUAAGCCUGGAGGGACGAAAGCAAAAAAUAGCGCAACAAUGAGCAACUCCAAGACGUCUGCCCUUGGUGGUAUUUUAAAUAACAAAAAGAAGAGAGCAUUCAUUAAAAAGGUUGUUUGCCCCUUGCUGCCUAACGCGUCGGCAGCUUUUCUGCGGCCCUGUUCCUCGCGGUCCCACUCCCAUUUCUCAGUGGACCAUGUGUUGCCCGUAAGGCGCAGAGCGAAGGCCGCAGAUACCCCGUGCUUAGGGGAACAUCAUGGAAGUGAUGUUUUGGGCUCAUCAAGCGCAGCCUGUGGAAUACCAAAAAAUAUUUUUCCGGUGGGCAACUUCGUGUAUAGCAUGUGCUUCUCUUCUGAUGGAAAGCACGUGUGGGUGGCUCAGCAGAAGGCGUUUACGCGGUUUGAGAGCAUGAUGAAGCGCGGUGCCGCAUCCGCCAGACAGGCUCCAGUAAAUACAGAUGCAUUAGUAAAAUCUGCUGAUACUUUCAUAGCAAUUGACCCCAGUUUUGGCUUGAACGAUUCUCACCUUGUGUAUGCAAGUAUACAACGCUUUAGCGUUUAUGAUGCGGGUUUAUUUGCAAGUGAAAUAUACAAUGUUAGGAUAUAA